AAAUUGAUUUCGAAAACUUUCUAUUACUCAUCAUCAAUCAAAAAUGGUUCGAUUUUUCUCAUCACGACUCGCCAGAGAUAUGGCAAUCCGAGCAGAAAGAAUGGCGAUCCCAUCAAAUCUUAUGCAAUUUUCUGAAGAUAUCAUCAAGCAACUGACACCUGAAGAAAUCGACGAGUUCCGUGAGGCAUUCAUGAUGUUUGACAAAGACGGUAAUGGAACAAUUUCGACGAAAGAAUUGGGUAUUGCAAUGAGAAGUCUUGGACAGAACCCGACGGAACAAGAGAUUUUGGAAAUGAUCAAUGAAGUGGAUAUCGAUGGAAACGGACAGAUUGAGUUCCCAGAGUUCUGUGUAAUGAUGAAGAGAAUGAUGAAAGAAACAGAUUCAGAAAUGAUUAGAGAAGCAUUUCGAGUAUUUGAUAAAGAUGGAAAUGGUGUUAUCACGGCACAAGAAUUUCGAUAUUUUAUGGUUCAUAUGGGAAUGCAGUUCUCCGAAGAAGAAGUUGAUGAAAUGAUUAAAGAAGUUGAUGUGGAUGGAGACGGGGAAAUUGAUUACGAAGAGUUCGUAAAGAUGAUGUCUAAUCAAUAAUUUAUUUCUCUUCCUUUUGUUUUCGCUUAACUUCUCGCAUUGGCAGAACCCAGAAUCUCAAUGUACCGUAACACUUUUCACCGGUUUCAUUUUGUAAUUAGUGACCCUUUUAAAACUCUCGAUCCCCGAGCUUCACUCAUCAUUCCUCUUUCUAUAUGUAAAUAGUUUGAUCUUAAUUCAAAAUGUGUCUUUAUUCACAAAAAUAAUGAUUCUCGAAUCAUAAAAUAAAUAAAUGAGAUUAACAUAUCUUACAAGAACUCCUUCUCCAAACGAAUUGCAACUUCC